UUUGUUUAGUAGUUUCACAUUAGGUUCAACUUCUCUCUACUACUUUGAGUACUUUAUUGUUUAUUAUUAUUUAGUAGUUUUACAUUAGGUUUAAGUGCUCCUUGCUUCUUGUGGUUGUUUAUGUUUAUUUAUUGGUGGCAUUAGAGUGCUACCUGGGUGAUCCAUAUGGGUGUUGUAUUAGAGUUUUUUUAUAUUAGUAUCUAGUGUUAUUUUCUAUCAUUUACAAUUUGUGUAAUUCCUUGACUUGAUUUGAUUUAAUUGCAAUUAGUUUCAAUUAGUAUUAAUAUAUUUGUGUUGUUUUGCAAUUGGUGACAUCAUUGGAUGGAAGUUGUUAUUGCUUGUUUUUGUUUCAUUUGUUUUAAAUGUUCCAGGAAGAAUAAAAAAACACGAUAAUGAGGCUGCAACAUCUCAAUUGGCCCAAGAGAAUCAAAGCCAUAUGCCUUGGAAGGAUGAUAUAUACUCUAAAGUAAAAGGUCCUGAAAAGAAAGGUCGUGUGCGUUGUAUGGGCAAGAUUCCCAAACCCAAAAAAUUAAAAGCCGCUUUGUCUAAAAAUCAAGAGUUACGUGAUAAAGUUAAGCAAAUGGAAGAAAAACAUAAGCAAAUGGAAGAAAAACAAGAGAGUACAAGUGUGAUGUUGGCAAACAUGCUGUCAUUGAUUCAAAAUCGAUUUACUGGAGAAGAUGUGAAUGACAUUUUACGAGCUGCUAGACAGGUUACAGAAGCUUCUAGUUCUCUCGGUCAAACAGGUUCACCAAGUCCAUACACUAACGAAGAUCGAAGAGGGAAAGAUUAGAAGCUUAUUUUGUCUUUGACAAGUCUUUUGUCAUGUACUGUAUUUUUUUGUUGUUCUAUUUGAUUGAUUUUGGAAGCUGCUACUUUCUAGUUGAAUUUGGUUGCAAGCCACAAUAGUUUAUUGCUUGGAA